AAUAAUAAGAAAGAUAAAAAUUAAAUUUAAAAGAGAGAUAGAACGUGUGCGUGCGUGCGGAUGAAUGCGUGGCCGCGUGCGUGCAUCGUGCACGCGCGUGAUACAAGUCGCGCGGACUGUCGCAACUCGCGCCGGAUAAAUAAUCGCGGUGGAUCGACGUCGACUCGCGCAUCGGAAGAAAAAAAUCGUCGCGAGGGUGGGAAGACUCGCGGUGCGAGGAAGGGAACAUUGCCGCAGUGGGUACAGUGAGUGCGGAAGGAGUCAGGUGCCGGGAAACAAGCUCCGGAGACGUUAGUGCUUCACUUCCUUCUUCCUGAGUUCCGCGCGUCGCAAGACAGGUGAACAAUAGCGUGUAGAAAAAAAAGAGGAAUUGAACCAUCUGAGUGCGACAUACGAGGGGGACGAAGGAGGUAGGGAAGUCUUGGAGGUAGUUAGAUGUUAGAAGGCGCGGGGGUGGCUAAAGUGGCCCCGCCGCUGGGUACGGGUCCCGAUGCCGGUCCCCGUAUCGCAAACGCCUACAUUAACCUUCACCCUUGUACCCAAGGAGGAAUCAAACAUGCCCUUCAUAGACGACGAGCUAUUCUGGUACUCUGACAAUGACGGAAAGAUGGAUUUAACCCAGUGCCUUCAGCAGAGCAACACAGGCCAGUCGGUAGAGUUUUCUACGAUGGAGCUAAGUGCUCUGGUAGGAACUCCAACGGCAUCGAAUGUGCCGGUGGAGGAAGGUGCGGGUAUGUCCGUUGUUACAGGGGAGGAACUUUUCGAUCCCCUAGACUUCCUACGAGAGCUCGAAGCAGAGGCCAGCCAACCCACCUCCACCACAACACCUUCUUCCUACAAAAGACAGAGGCACAAUAUCGCUGCCGCGAAUCCUUUAUUAGCAGAAAAAUUAGCAGCGCCUUCAACGCAAGCGUCUCCAACUUCCAUCCCUUACGCCUCAAGAGCGGAAAUCAAGACGGAAAAUAUUCAACCUGAGACGAGUAAAGUGGAUACCAGGGAAGUCCAACCGCACGACCCGAGCGAGAAAGAACAGUUAGGCCUCGCAAGCGUAAAAGUGGAGCCGGGAUCCACCAGCGCGACGACUACCAGUAGCACAGGGACCCGUCUGCUCCACGGUAUCCUCUCCCAGCAUCCCCAGCAGCAUGGCCUGGGGCUGCAAAACGGAUACGGCCGACACUUAGCCGGUCACGCACAGAUGGGCCAACCGCCUUAUACCACUGCCGCUAUCGCCACGACAAAUACGCCAGGAAGCGGAUCACUGCCAGCGAGCCCAGCGGACAGCGGAGUCAGCGACGUCGAGUCCAGCACGUCCUCCGGCGGCAACGAGGACGCGAAUCUCUUACUGAAAGCAAGGCUCAAUCCUAAUUCGUCCCUCCAGCCGAGUCUGGCGUCUCAUCACUCCCAUCUCUCGUCGGCAGCACUCGGCAGAUCGGCCUGCCACAGCCCCGGUGUGUAUCCGGGGUCGACGGCAAGCUUCCUGUCGCCCACCUAUCAUCCUCAUCAGCAUCCUAUCACCUCCCAGUAUCAUCCACGGGGGAGUUCACCACACCAUCAGCACAGCAACCAUACUAUGGGCCCGACGAUGGGACCGCCCCACCACCACCAUCAUCAUCAUCAUCAAGCGCAGGGUCUCCAGCAUCACUUGCAUUACCGUCAGCCAUCCUCACUGUCCGACAGCUACAACAGUUAUAUAAACAUGUAUGGCGGAGGUGGGCAGUUUGCGACCCCCUGUACUCCGAGCCCGCCGCGAGGACCCGGCGGUGUACCCACCAGCGUGAUCCAGGCGGCUACCAGUUCGGUCUCGGAUGAUCUCUACCUUCUCGAGCUCGGCUUCCCGUCGCGCUCGAAGAAGAACAAGCUGAAGAAACCGCGACAGGGUGGCGAGGGUGGAGCCGCGGUGAAGCGGAAGUCGCGCGAGGGUUCGACCACGUACCUGUGGGAAUUCCUGCUCAAGCUGCUGCAGGACCACGAAUACUGUCCGCGCUACAUUAAAUGGACGAAUCGCGAACGGGGCAUCUUCAAGCUGGUCGACAGCAAGGCGGUCUCGCGACUUUGGGGCAUACACAAGAACAAGCCGGACAUGAAUUACGAGACGAUGGGCAGAGCACUGCGCUAUUACUAUCAGCGCGGCAUCCUGGCGAAGGUGGACGGCCAGCGGCUGGUCUACCAGUUCGUCGAUGUGCCGAAGGACAUCGUCGAGAUCGAUUGUACGGGCGCAUGAGACAGGGAGUCGGCCCGUCCCGCGGGGCACGAGAGGGAGAAGAGGGAGAAGAGGGAGAAGAAGGAAGUAGAGCAGCACAGCGUCUCGGCGCGGGCCCCGCGCGGACGUCGACCACCGCCGUUGUCGUUGUCGUUGUCAUUGUCGUCGCUGUCGCUGUCGCUGUCGCUGAUGCGACGUCGCGGACCCGUCGCGGGGCCCCAUCCGCGCGAAAGAUCGCCGUUCAGCGGUUCUCUUUAUCGAGACGCGCCGACCUGGCACAUCCCUCAGAUGUUGUAAAGCGCGUCCUCUUUUUCACCUUUUCUUUUUUUUUCUCCCUCUCUUUCGCUGUCUGUCUCUCCCUACCCGCUUCUCUGUCUCUCUCUCUCUCUCUCUC